UUUAAUAAAUCAUCAUCAGCUCUAACUUUGGAUUCUCUUAUUGCUUAAGAAAAAAAAAAGAACAAAACACAAAUUGCUUUACAGCACACAUCGCGUACACUAAACAAUUAAAAGAUUUUAUACCAGAAACAAUGGGAAGUAACGUUCCUGAUCAUGCAGAGGAGACGGUGGUGGGCGUUGAGGUUCUUUUGGAACUUCCCAAAACCCUAAACCCUAACCAAACCAAACACGCCAUUGAUCUCGAUGGCCAUCAUCAAGAUGAUCAAGACGGAGAUCAGUUCAAGAUUGAUACUGAAACCCUAAACGAGCUCGUCAAGAACAAGAACCAAGAGAAACUUGAGUCAUUUGGUGGUCCAAACGGCUUAGUCUCGGCUCUGAAGACUAACACACGUCUUGGGAUCAACGAAGAAGCCGAUGAGAUUCAACGUAGGCGUUCGAAGUUCGGGUCUAACACUUACACGAGACAACCGUCGAAGAGUCUCUUCUAUUUUGUGGUGGAAGCUUUCAAGGACCUCAAGAUUCUCAUCCUUCUCGGCUGUGCAACGCUUUCUCUCGGGUUCGGUAUCAAAGAGCACGGAGUGAAAGAAGGAUGGUACGACGGAGGAAGUAUAUUCGUAGCGGUUUUGUUGGUGGUAGCUGUCUCUGCGGUCAGUAACUUUAGACAGAACAGACAGUUCGACAAACUCUCUGAGGUAAGUAGCAACAUCUGGAAGGAUGUUGUUAGAAACGGACGUCCUCAAGAGAUUUCCAUCUCUGACAUUGUCGUUGGAGAUAUCGUUUGCCUGAAAAUCGGAGAUCAAGUUCCAGCGGAUGGUGUGUUCGUUGAAGGACAUUCAUUGCACGUUGACGAAUCAAGAAUGACGGGAGAAAGCGACCAUGUCGAAGUUAGCUUAACCGGAAACAUAUUCUUGUUCUCCGGGACUAAAAUAGCUGAUGGGUUUGGUAAAAUGGCGGUUACUUCUGUCGGAAUGAACACUGCUUGGGGACAAAUGAUGAGUCAUAAAUCACGUGACAAGAACGAGCAAACUCCAUUGCAUUCUCGUCUAGAUAAGCUUACUUCUUCGAUAAGUAAAGCCAAUUUACUUGUAGCUUUCUUGGUUCUUGUGGUCCGUAACUUCACAGGAAGCACAGAAGACGAGAGCGGUGAAACUGUGGCUAAGAUGGUUGCAGCUAUGGUUACAAUUAUCGUGGUUGUGACACCAGAAGGAUUGCCAUUAGCUGUGACAUUGGCAUUGGCAUCUUCCAUGAAGAUGAUGAUGAAAGAUCAAGUUAUGGUGUGGAAGCUCUCUGCGUGUGAGAGGAUGGGCUCUGCAACGGUUAUAUGUACGGAUAAAACCGGUACUUUGACGCUUAAUCAAAUGAAGGUAACCGAUUUCUGGUUCGGUAUCGAAUCAGGAAAAGGAUCUUCUGUGUCUCAGAAAGUGGUUGAACUGUUUCAUCAAGGAGUUGCAAUGAACACUACAGGGAGUGUGUUUAAAUCAGGUAGAACAGAGUAUGAGUUCUCUGGUAGUCCAACGGAGAAAGCGAUUCUGAGCUGGGCGGUAGAGGAAUUAAAGAUGGAUAUGGAGGAAGUGACUGAAGAACAUAACGUUGUUCAUGUGGAAGCUUUCAAUUCAGAGAAGAAGAGAAGUGGUGUGUUAAUGAAGAAGAAGAAUGGAGAAGUUAAUGUUGUUCAUUGGAAAGGAGCUGCUGAGAAGAUUCUAGCUAUGUGUUCAACGUUCUACGAUGGUUCUGGAGUUGUGAGAGAGAUUAAAGAAGAUGAUAUGAUUCAGUUCGAGAAGAUUAUCCAAUCUAUGGCAGCUAAGUCUCUCCGUUGCAUAGCCUUUGCGUAUUCAGAAGACAAUGAAGACGUCAAGAAGUUGAAAGAAGAGAAGUUGAGCUUACUUGGGAUUGUUGGAAUCAAAGAUCCAUGUAGACCUGGAGUGAAGAAAGCAGUAGAGGAUUGUCAAUUCGCUGGUGUAAACAUCAAAAUGAUCACUGGAGAUAACAUUUUCACGGCGAGAGCAACAGCUGUAGAGUGUGGGAUCUUGACACCUGAAGAUGAGAUGACCAGUGAACCUGUGGUAGAAGGAGAAGAGUUUAGAAACUACAGUCAAGAAGAAAGGUUAGCAAAAGUGGAAAGAAUCAAAGUCAUGGCGAGAUCUUCACCGUCUGAUAGGCUUCUAAUGGUGAAAUGCCUCAAGGAGCUAGGCCAUGUUGUGGCCGUUACUGGAGACGGUACUAACGAUGCACCGGCGUUGAAAGAAGCUGAUAUUGGACUUUCUAUGGGGAUUCAAGGUACAGAAGUUGCGAAAGAGAGCUCUGAUAUCGUGAUCCUCGACCAUAACUUUGCCUCUGUUGCAACGGUUUUGAAAUGGGGGAGAUGCGUGUACAACAAUAUUCAGAAGUUUAUUCAGUUUCAGCUCACUGUCAAUGUAGCAGCUCUUGUGAUCAACUUCGUGGCUGCGGUUUCAGCUGGACAAGUUCCUUUGACGGCUGUUCAGUUACUGCGGGUGAAUCUGAUCAUGGACACACUUGGUGCAUUGGCUUUAGCUACAGAGAAACCAACGAAUGAUUUGAUGAAGAAGAGACCGAUAGGGAGAGUGGCGCCAUUGAUCACAAACAUCAUGUGGAGGAAUCUUUUGGCUCAAGCGUUAUAUCAGAUCUCUGUGCUCUUGGUGCUUCAGUUUAGAGGAAGAUCAAUCUUCGAUGUGACAGAGAAGGUGAAGAACACUUUGAUCUUCAAUACCUUUGUGCUUUGUCAGGUGUUUAACGAGUUUAACGCGAGGAGUCUGGAGAAGAAGAAUGUGUUCAAGGGUUUACACAAGAACAGGCUCUUCAUUGGUAUUAUAGUUGUGAAUGUGGUCUUGCAAGUGGUGAUGGUUGAGUUUCUAAAGCGAUCUGCUGAUACUGAGAGGUUGAACUGGGGUCAAUGGGGAGUUUGCAUUGCGAUUGCGGCUGCUUCGUGGCCUAUAGGAUGGUUAGUGAAGUCUGUUCCUGUUCCAGAGAGACACUUUUUUAGCUACCUGAAAUUCAUGAGAGUCGAGUCUUAG